AUGGAGCUAUCUCUAUGCUUAGCGAAACAUGGCUUCAGAAUCACAUUUGUGAACAUCGAGAUCAAUCAUAAGAUGAUCAUGAAUGAAUGGAAACAGGAGGACAACAUAGGGGAUCGACUUCGUCUGGUUUGGAUCCCUGAUGGGUUGGAAUUCAAUGAGGACAGGAAAAAUCCAGAUAAGUUUAGUGAAGCAAUCUGGGGGAUUAUGGCCAGGAAGCUGGAAGAGCUCAUAGAAGAGACAAAUGGAGCUGAUGAUGAGAAGAUCACUUGUGUUGUUGUUGACCAGGGCAUGGGAAGCACCUUGGAAAUUGCAGCCAAGAUGAGGAUUCAUCAAGCUUUCUUCUACCCUAUGGUAGUCACAAAGAUGGCCUUGCUACUAAGCAUCCCCAAGCUGAUCAAUGAUGGAAUCAUAAGCAAUGAAGUCAUAUAUGUUGCCUUUGGCAGCCUCACAAUCUUUAACAAGCAACAGUUCCAGGAGUUGGCAAUAGGGCUUGAACUCUCCAACAGACGAUGCUUGUGGAUUGUGCAAUCAUAUAGUACUGACAGCAGAAAUGACGUCUACCCGAAAGGAUUUCUAGAUAGAGUAGGCACUCGAGGGAAAAUUGUGCGCUGGGCUCCUCAGCAGAAGAUCGAAUUUGGAGAUCCGAACGGUCGUCUUUCAGUUCGAGAACAGAGCCUCCGUUUUGAUGCGUUCUCACAAGAGGGAAUAAAACCUGUUUGUGCAUUCUUUGUGUUUAUCCCAUCCCUUGGUGACAAGAGUGUUAGGGCAAGAGCUUUAAAUCUCAAGGCAGUGGCCCUCAACAUUGUUAGAGAAGGUGGUUCCUCUUCCAAAAACUUCCAACAUUUCAUGGAAUGGCUCAAGGCAUAG